AUGGGCCUUAUAACUGUUGUGGUGGGACAUGUGUCCGCCCAAGGCCUGAUUCUCUGUAUCGUGAACUUUGUUGUCAGAGCCCGACGGGCCCUGAUUAGAAUCGGGACUGCACAUUUGGGCCUUUUCGGGCCUUGUUCUUGUUCUCCUACUCGUUUUCGACCAUGCUGGAAAAUGAUACCAUGUAGAUUUGAGCUUUUCACAAAGAAGUUUUGUAUAAACCAAAGAAAAACAAUUCAAAAUAUUCAAAUCGCCAUUAGAUCUGAGCUUCAAGCUCUCAAAGUUACAAAAGAAGAUGAAGGUCUUGUUCACGUGAUAAAACCCGUACAUGCCAUAAUGACCAAUGAGGAAACAACACGCGUCCCACAUAUCACAUGA